CCAUGGGCGAUGGCGUUCACACCAUCCCGAGCCAGAUGCAGAUGGCCACAGACAUCGACCUCGACGACAUCCCGACCUUCCCGCCGUCGCAAGUGGGCGCUGGAGAGCAAAGUGGUAUCAACAAGCGUCGCGCUGGCCCUCCACCCGCUGGUGACGCUGACUUCGAGAUCGUCCAUGCAGCCAACCUCCAGGGCUCCAUCGAGGCCUUGCGUGCGGAGCUGCUCGAGCAGGUCACGAACACGACGUCCGCGCUCAACUCCAGUCUUCAAGGAUUGGCCACCAGAGUGCAAACUACAUGCUCGGCGAUGGCAUCGCAGGUCGAACAACGUCUCAAUGGAGUGGAAACUAUCCAACGCGGCCACACCAAGCAGCUCCAGGUUCUUCAUGAAGAGGUCAAACAACUCAAGCGCGAACUCAACGUGGUCAAGGAGACCCCCAGUGAGAUGCCCACGGUCUUCCCGAAGUUGUCGCUGGACUCGGCGUUCAACCGUGCCAUCGACGCGUCCAUCAUCGUGGUCCGCUGCAAGGAGCAGACUGCGAAACAUCAAGUUCAAGGAGCCCUUCUUCCGUGGCUGGAGCGUCUCAACAUCGAGUCGUCCGAAUGGGAGCUCCAGGGGGAGCCGUCGGACAAGAGGUUCACGAUCAAGUUCAAGGGUAGUUCUCAGUUCGCCGCCCGCCGUGCACAGCAUGCACUCAGCCUGCUGCGCCCGCAGCGUCCUGGUGAAGAGUGGAUGCGCUUUUUUGCCCCCGCGAUCUCGGGCGCCCGCUCGGAGAUCUUUGUCGGAUCGGACAAAAACCAGUGCCAGGUCAAGCGUGAAGUUGCGCUCAAGGCUGCCAAGAGGUUCUUUGAGAACCGCUUUCAGGACAAAAAGUUUUUUGUUGACAAGCUGCGCGGCACCAUCUCCACUAACUGGCGCCAGCUCGUGGAGAUCACUCCACGGGCGGACGACGCGCCGCGGAUCCGCUGGGCGGAAGCGAAUCUGGCUCUCGAGAAGAUCUCCCGCGAAGCAAUCGAGGAGCCGCUGGCU